AUGAUUUGUGUUAGAAGAAACAUCAACAUCAGUACAACAACUCAACAACAACAACAACAACAGAGAAGAAGAGGAAGAAGAAUGUUGACUGUACAAAAGACAUUGGUAUCUAUUGGUCGUUUGGUCGCGACCAACACUGCUGCUGCUGCUACUGCUACUGGCUCAGUGGGUGUUGCAAGAUACUCAUCAAAGAAGAAGAGCAAGGAUCCAGCAGAGAACAACGAGCACUUGAUGUCCAAGUUGCACGCCAAGAUCGACCCAACCUUUUUAGACUUUAGAGACGACGAAGAGUUGGCACACGACUUUGGUGAGGACGUUGAAGGCGACUUGCUCGAGGAAUACAAGGACGAGGAGCUUGCAUACGACGCCGACGAGGAGAUCGAGGACUUUAGAGACAUUGACGACUUUGACCAACACGACACACCCGACGACGCACCACUCAACAUGCGCAAGACCAAGCGUCAGAACCUGUUGUUUGGCGACAAGGACUUUGACGAACAGGCACUUGACGGACUCGACGAAAACGAGUUUGACGAGGAUGCAUUGGACAGAGAAUACGAAAGAGACGAAGACGACGAAGAGUAUGAUCGUCCCGUUGAAAUGGACGACUUUUACAAUGACGACGAAACCAACCAAUACUUUGAAGGCGAGGAUGCUAUGGAAAAGGAGGCCUUGCAAGAAGACGACGACGGUAUGAAAAACAAGCGAUUCCACGAUCUCUUGGCAGAGGUUGAAGAGGGUGAUGCCGAGGAAGACGCAGAGGAACAAGACGCACACGAAGAGCAAAUGCGCAAGUACCGUGACAUCAUCGGUCCAGUCGUCAACGACCCCGACGUCAGAGGUGUUCGUGUCCUCUACAACGCCUAUCGUCUUGCCUUGGACGACCCAAGACCAUUAGAUCCAGUCAUCAAAAUGAACAUCUACGAUGCCUACAUGGAAGAUCCUGUAUAUUACAAUCCCUACCAAUUAUCAAAGAUUUAUCAUAUUCAUCCAAAUAGAAUCGCUGCCAUUAUUAGAUUCCAACAAAUCUAUCUAAAGGAAGUUGAAGCUGGUGAAGAAGUAUUUGAUGAUUUGGAGAUUGCCAUGACCGGAUACUUUGGAACAAGAGAGGAGGAUGAAUACCUUGGUCAAUUCGAAGCCGACGAAAGAAAAAUGCAAAAAUACUGGUUGCUCAAUGGCAAGGAAAACAUGUUUUCCAUUGUACCAAAGAAGGGCAAGCGUGUCGAUCCAAUCCAUGAACGCCCAGAAAACGUUCCACCAUCGUUCCCAGAGAAGCCAGUCUACUUCCGUGGACCAACUCUUGAAAAGCCAAAGCGCAAGAAUCUUAUUUUCAUCGACAAGUCUCGUAACCCAUUCACUGGCUAUGCCCAAGCCGACCCACUCAUCCUCAUCAGUGCCAUCGAUGGUUCUCUCCGUACCCCAUCCACCGAAGAACGUAGCAAGAUUUUAGAAAAGCAUACGAGUUCCCAAAAGGAUCGUUCGCCACAUGCUCUUCUCAAAUUACCAUUAAACUACAAAGAUCACGAUGCCUAUCACAAAGGAAAGAAGAACAAAGAAGAAGAAUCUACUACCACUGAAGAACAACUUUAA